ACUAUCAAUUCUCACUAUGAAAUCAUUUAAAUGAGCGAAAAGAAAUACAAAGAGGUGUAUAAACAUAUAUCACCUUGGCAUGUUUACGCAUGUUCGUGGAAUACAAAACCAACUAAAUUAUAUACUCUGGCACUAGGAAGUUUUAUCGAAGAAUAUUGCAACAAAAUUCAAAUUAUUGAAUUAAAUGAAAAUACCUCAAAAUUUGAUGUUAAAAUAACAUUUGAUCAUCCUUACCCACCUACAAAAAUUUUAUGGAUUCCAGAUUUACAAGGUAGGUACCCAUCAUUGAUGGCAAGCAGUGGAGAUUAUUUAAGAAUAUGGAAUCUUAACAACGAAAGUGUAAAGAUGGAAUGUUUACUUAAUACAAAUAAAGAUUCUGAUUUUUGUGCUCCAAUUACUUCAUUUGACUGGAAUGAAGUAGAUCCAAAUUUAAUUGGGACAGCCAGUAUUGAUACUACCUGCACCAUUUGGUCUAUUGAAACAGGUCAAGAAAUUAAUAAAACUUCCCCAUUGGAUUGUCAAAAUAAUAAAUUAUCAAAUUCAAAAAAUGUUAAAUUACCAUUAACCCAUUUUUACGCGCAACAUUAUAAAAUUAGUGGUGCUUGCCCUUUGAUUAAUGAUAACAUAAAAUGCGACAUGUCGGCUCAAAUGAAAACACAGAUAAUAGCGCAUGACAAGGAGGUAUUUGAUCUGGCGUUUAGUGGUUGUGCUGGAGGAAGGGACAUGUUUGCAACAGCGGGAGCUGAUGCCUCUGUCAGAAUAUUUGAUCUUAGACAUUUAGAACAUUCUACUAUAAUCUACGAACAUCCCAAAGGAAACUCACUUGUUCGCUUAGCCUGGAAUAGAGAAGAUUCUAACUAUUUAGCCGUUUUACCUUCUGGGGCGGAUGAAAUAUUGAUUUUGGAUAUUCGUAUGCCUUUACGACCAGCUGCUGCAACGAUUAGAUCGUAUUCUAUACAAAAUUCUGAUCACCUUAUUCAAAUCGAUGAAACAUCCACUCAUUUAAAUGACAGUUCUAACCUUUGUAUCGAUCAAAAUCGUAAAGAAAUAGCCUCUAUUAAUGCUUUUGCGUGGGCCCCUCAUUCGAGUUCUCAUUUAUGCACCGUUUCCGAUGAUAAACAGGCCAUGAUAUGGGAUAUUCGGAAAAAUAACGCUGAUAUACAAACCAAAUCGCUAAAUAAUCUUAACUAUGGAUCUCCCUUUCAAACCACACAUUUUAAUCAAUCAAAAGAAGAUGCAUCACCUUUAUACAUUGUUCCUAUUUUAGCUUAUACCGCCAUAGGGGAAAUUAAUCAAGUACAAUGGUCAAUUUCUCACCCAGAAUGGAUAUCUAUUUGUUACGGAAAUAUUUUAGAAAUGUUGAGGGUUUAGAUUGUAAAUUUUAUUUGGAUUAUUUAAAUAUU